AUGAGGCGGUCGACGCGGCGGGCCCUCUUUCAGCUUGCGCUAUUCUUCGGUGCACUGUUUCUUAUUUUGUUCCUCAACCGUUCGCAAGCAAGCAACCGGAGCUUUGCAUGGAAUAAAAUACGCUACAGAACUGCUUCCGCGACGCUCCCUGAGGCUCAAGGCAUCUGCCCCGGCUUAACAGAUAUUUCGAAGCCUGCAUUAGUAGUCGCCCGGGUUGCUGCUGAUGGAGAUACCAAAUGGCUUCACGAACUCAGUACUUUGUAUCACCUCUGCAUCUAUACGGCUGACGCGCCAGCCGAUGCGACUUCCUUACAUCUCCAAGUACCUGCAAACCGUGGGCACGAGGCCAUGGCAUAUCUGACAUUCCUCAUCGACAACUAUGAGAAUAUUCCCACGGCAGGUGCUGUGUUCGUUCACGGAUCCCGCUUCGCCUGGCACAACGACGCCCUGGACUACGACAACGCGCCUCUUCUGGCCGCGCUUAAUGUAUCCGCGGCACUUGCCCCCUUUGGAUAUCACAACCUCCGCUGUGACUGGAGCCUGAGCACUUGUCCUCCCUCUUACAAACCGCAGGGAAGCCUGGAGAUGUCCACUCAAGCCUUGCUUGCCCCAUACGACUCCCGUGCUGUAUCCGAUGCCGCGUUGCCCCGCGCCCUCGCAGACCUGUUUGGCGGCGAGGUGAAACUGGGCCGCACCAAUGCUGUUCGCUCGCAAUGCUGCGCGCAGUUUAUCGUAUCGCGCGAUCGUGUAUGGCAGCAUUCCCGCGAGGAGUACGUUGCUUUGCGGCAAUGGUUGCUCGAUAGCAAUGGGGCACCACGUGACGAUCGGGUUGCUGGUCGGAUCUUGUCAUAUGUGUGGCACAUUCUGUUUAUAAAAGCAGAACCCGAUGCUCCAGGGUCCUCGUCUGGGGGGAUUGACCUCGAGAAGCUCAAUGCACACGCGUGCCCGCGCGCUGAUCAAUGCUACUGCCGCCUAUAUGGACGCUGCGAUCUUAGUUGUACGAGCCCGGGGAACUGCCCUGGCCAAUACAUCUUACCCCCAAAGUUGAAAGUUGAAAGUCCCCAGUGA